AUGGUGAUUGAAAUCAUGACUGACCGAGGCAGUGGCAAGAAAAGGGGCUUUGCCUUUGUAACAUUUGACGACCAUGACUCCGUCGAUAAGAUUGUCAUUCGGAAAUCCCAUACUGUGAAUGAUCACAACUGUGAAGUUAGGAAAGCCCGGUCAAAGCAAGAGAUGGCUAGUGCUUCAUCCAGCCAAAGAGGUCGAAGUGGUUCUGGAAACUUUGGUGGUGGUCGUGGAGGUGGUUUCGGUGGGAAUGACAACUUUGGUGGUGGGGAAAACUUCAGUGGUCGUGGUGGCUUUGGUGGCAGCCGUGGCGGUGGUGGAUAUGGUGGCAGUGGGUAUGGCUAUAAUGGAUUUGGUAAUGAUGGAAGCAGUUUUGGAGGUAGUGGAAGCUACAAUGAUUUUGGCAAUUACAACAAUGAGUCUUCAAAUUUUGGACCCAUGAAGGGAGGAAAUUUUGGAGGCAGAAGCUCUGGCCCCUAUGGCGGUGGAGGCCAAUACUUUGCAAAAGCACGAAACCAAGGUGGCUAUGGUGGUUCCAGCAGCAGCAGUAGCUAUGGCAGUGGCAGAUUUUAAUUAGGAAACAAAGCUUAGCAGGAGAAGAGAGCCAGAGAAGUGACAGGGAAGCUACAGGUUACAACAGAUUUGUGAACUCAGCCAAGCAUAGUGGUGGCAGGGCCUAGCUGCUACAAAGAAGGCAUGUUUUAGACAAAUACUCAUGUGUAUGGGCAAAAAACUCGAGGACUGUAUUUGUGACUAAUUGUAUAACAGGUUAUUUUAGUUUCUGUUCUGUGGAAAGUGUAAAGCAUUCCAACAAAGGGUUUUAAUGUAGAUUUUUUUUUUUGCACCCAUGCUGUUGAUUGCUAAAUGCAAUAGUCUUAUUGUGACGCUGAAUAAAUGUCUUUUUUUU